AUGCUCGGAUCAAAGGUUCUUGCUGCCGCUCUGCAUGUCUUGGCGAUCACGGCUGGGCCGGUCCUCGUAGCACGCCAGAAGGACGUCAUUACCGGCGCCAUCAGCAUGGUACAGGGCUCACUACAAAAUCUCGACACGGCCAUCAAACAGCUGUCGGCGAGCGACCCAAACACCGCCGUCGGCGUCCUCAACGCGGCACAGGGCGCGCAGACAACCCUCCAGGUAGCAGCUACCCAGAUCUCGGGCGCCGACGACCUGGGCUUGGUCGGCGCCCUCGGUCUCCAGCAGACGGCCGGCGACCUCGUUACACAAGUCGAAACCACCCUCGGCGACCUCGAGCAGAAGAAGCCCGUAUUCGACCAGCUCGGCGUCUCCUCCGUGGUCGCCGACUCCCUCGAGCAGCAGAAGGCGGGCAGCGGCCAGCUCGGCGAGAUGCUCCUGAGCAAGAUCCCAGCAAUUGCCCGCCCCAUAGCAAAGAAGAGCACCGGUCAGCUCGAUACCGCUAUUGAUAGUGCCAUCGCGACGUUUAAGAUGCCCCCAGCUGCCAUGCCUGCCACCCCGGCAGUGCCCGCAGUUCCCGCUGCUCCAGCUGCUCCAGCAGUUCCCGCUGCUCCAGCUGCUCCAGCACGAGCAGCUUCCCCUGCAGCGCCAGCCGGCGGCGCUGCCGCAAUUGGCGCGGCAGCAGUAUGA